AUGAAUGCUUUCAUAGUGGGCUUGCUCCUCUUGUUCAUUCUACCCGAGCAAGUAACUCCUCAAAAAUAUGCCUACGUCUCUGUACUGUCCUCAAACGAUUUUCUGAUACCGGCAAAAGUUCUUGCAUACCGUCUCAAGAAACUGAAUUCAUCGAUUCCAUAUAUAAUAAUUGUGACUCAAGAUAUCACUGAAAAAUCGGUGAAUGAGCUGAAGGAACAAGGAGUGAUAGUGCAUAAUGACACGAAAAUUGAUACGCCAUAUAUAAAAACACAUAAGGCUAGGAAGUAUCAGUACACAAAAAUCAGGUUAUGGGCAAUGACAGAGUUUGAUGUGAUUGUCCACCUGGAUUUGGAUGUUCUACCGACUCGCGAUAUUUCCACCCUAUUUGAAUGUGGAUCCUUCUGUGCUGUAUUCCGACAUUCUGAUAUGUUCAAUUCCGGCGUGUUUGUCCUGAAAACCAAUGAGACGGUUUUCCACGACAUGGUGGAACACGUACAAACUGCUGAAUCCUAUGAUGGAGGAGACCAAGGAUUCCUCAAUACAUAUUUUCAUGACUUGAAAUACGCUCCAAUGCAUGAUCCAUCAGGAAAACAUCCAAAAUGUGAAAAUUUUACAAUGGCACGGUUGUCUGCAAAAUUCAACUAUGACAUUGGAAUGUAUUAUUUGAAUAACGGAAGAUUUUUGGUGGAUCCUGAUAUUAUUCAUUACACAAUGGGACCAACAAAACCGUGGUUAUGGUGGACAUAUCCAUUGUUUGACUUGAACUGGAUGUGGCUGGAUGCAAGACAAGAAAUGGAAAUUGGAUCCAGCAGCGAGUUUGACACUUGCAUCAUUCUUGCUGUUACCAACUUUGCCCUCAUUUCUCUUUUGAUAAUUGCCAAAGUUGUUUUGGAACGUCAUGUACACAAUAUCCAAACUGAUUCUGUAAGCAACUGGGAAACUCAUCUAGUGUCCCAGAGCAUCUACAUGUUUUCCGUUUGGUUGGCACUGAAACUAGCACAUCAAUCAGCACAACCGAUAGCUGCUUGGGUGUUCUUUGCUUCUAAUGUUGCAUGGACCGCCUCGAUCCUUACUUCAAUCUACACGCAUCUUCGUUCUGGGGUGGAUGGAAAAGUGAAAUCAGUACUGUCUUGUGUGUUCUUCACAAUGCUAUCAUACGCCUUAUCCUGGCUGAUUCUUGUUCAAAUUGCCCAUUUCAACACCAGAGUUCUCUUCGCGAUCGUCUCGAUUCUUGCCCAACAGAUCCUUGUCGUCACAUACAUUCGGUAUGCACUUAUAAUCAGUCCCUGCAGACAGCAGCAUCACAAAUAUCAAAUCCUCCCAAACAAUCAUCACGUCGCAUAA